CUUACUGUUCUUAUUACUGUUUGACAUAAUGACUGCGCUUCGUCAAGAAACGCAACUAAAAGCAUAGAGGGAUGAGGGAGAAGCUCACACAAGUUCACUCGCUGUUGUGUAUCGUUCUCUACACUUUUUUAGUCGUUUUUGUGUCUUUUUUCACCAGUCGACCGCACGUCGCCUAACCAAAGAGACCCCUGCUAUUGCUCGUCGACAUUUUUUGUUUUCUUGUAGACUAUUUUAGUUCAUAACGGAAUUAUUUUCUAACUUGUUUUGGUGAAUUCCAACAGGAUGCCUUGGAUGAGUGUCUCUCUUAUGGAGUUACAUUCGGGAAUGCGCAAAGAUCUGUGACUAUAAACUCACCACACUGUGGCACGGCUUCGCGAUAUAAACGCUUUGCGACCGUCUGUCUACUUGCUGAGUCGCAGGAAUGUUGUAAAGUACUGUUCGUUUAACGCAGGACUGGGGGACAGAAGAAGGUGAAGAGACUCAACGGGCGUCGGGUGCGCGGGAAAGCGGGAAUAUUAUAAUGGCGCUCGCGGCGGUUUCCCUCUAUCUCCUCGCGCUCGUCUGGACGAACUUGCGCCCGGUCCACGGGAACAACCGCCACGCCGUGUACUGGAACAGCUCAAACAUACAUUUGCGGAGAGAAGGCUACACCGUACAGGUCAGCGUUAACGACUACCUUGACAUCUACUGUCCACAUUAUAACCAGAGCCAACGGGGGGCGCUGGAGCGUGUCGUGGCUGAGCAAUACAUUCUCUACAUGGUCAGUUACCGAGGCUACCGCACCUGCGACCCACAGAUGGGCUUCAAACGCUGGGAGUGUAACCGACCACACGCCCCCCACGCGCCAAUAAAAUUCUCAGAGAAAUUCCAGCGUUACAGCGCUUUCUCGCUAGGCUACGAAUUCAAUGUGGGUCACGAGUACUAUUAUAUAUCCACACCAAUCCAUCACCAUGGACACAGCUGUUUAAGACUGCGGGUAUUUGUCUGCUGUUCUACAGUCUCUAAUGCAGAUGAUGACUCAAACCCAAGCCCUCCUGACUACACUGUCAGACCAAAACUGCAUGACAUUGAUGAGUUUAACCCCGAGAUCCCCAAACUGGAGAAGAGCGUGAGUGGCAGCAGUCCAUCUGGAGACCGACUGUUAAUCACUGUGGCGACGCUCCUCCUCGCUGCUCUCCUCGUGUCCUAGCAACCGUCUCCCUCACUUACAUUUCUGCGCCAGCAGGUCCAACGCUCCAAAACGAUCGCCUUCCAUUCAAUUUGUGCGGGAGAAUAUUCAAUCAGAACAGAUUAACCAGUAGUUGAGCCCUAACACAGGAGCUAAUUGUAGACCUACCACACCCAAUCAGUGGCCUUUGUCUCCACAAUUUUGAUACACACUAAAAUGGAACUGAGGAAAAAGGACAACAUGCUUGUCAAAGCAUUGAUUUCAGAAUUUGCCUUUGUGAUGGUAUGUCUGCACUAACUCCUCAAAAAUACUGGAGGAAAACAAGGUCAGCAAGACAGUGAGGUCUCCCUACCUCCAGCUACACCCUCUCUUGUGUUAAAGAACCCAUCCAGACCGGGACAGCUUUUGUGGUGGAUACUCUGAGAUCGAUAUGAACCAAAAUGGAUUUGACAACCAUUGCAAAGUGCUCAGUCCUCAUCGUAUGGAUCUUGGUGAAGUGACUCAAAGAUUGGUGGAGGCGUCUGAUCCUGUCUUAUGUUGCACCCUAUACCUUUGUGACUGCAACGGGUGUCAGUCAUUGAUAGUGUUGCAGAGAGAUAUCACAAACAUCCCUCAAAGAUCAAUAAAACUAAUUUGUCAGUCACUAAGUUCAGGUGUUACACUUAUAAAUCGAUCACAGAAAGGCACAGCUGCUACUUCUGCUAGUUGUUGGGCUGAUGUUGUGUCUGUAAGCUGUAUUAAUAACACAGUUUACAUGUAGUUUCCUAGUUCCAUUCCUGAACUUGGAAACUAGAGGCACAUUAUUGUAUAAGCCAGACCAUCACUUUUGUACGGUAUAUAUUGGAUGGUCAAAAUAGUUUGGUCUUCAUUACAGUGUCUCACACAAGCUUGUGUGUUACAACCUAAUAAAGGGAAUUAAGACAGGCCGAAUUAUAAGUGUAGAUUAUAUUACGUUAUUUUGUUUCUUGUAUUAUGUGUGUUAUCACGGAAAGGUACCGUUCAGUGAUUGGUCUGUGGCUAAAGGAGGCAUAGUGGAAUUUUUUGUAAGAGGGGUAGAGUGGCAAACUGCAGUUCACUGUUUUAUAUUAAGGAAUUGCAGUGCAGAAUUAGUUUUUACUGUACCUCAAAUAUUUAACAACUGCUCUUUGAGUAAGUAACUUUAUAUACUUAAUUUAUUGAGUUAUUUAUUGAUCAUUUGAUCAUUUUUGAAACUUUGUGAGUUUUCGUCUGCUUUCUUUAGGGAUCUUCCUUCGUCUUUGCAAAUGCCAAAUUAUUUUGUUUGUUUUAUGUUUGU